UCCUGCACUGGCGUGUGCGCGCGCGUGUGUCUGUGUGUGUGUCAGGUGCGAGCGGCAGCGACAUGACAAGAGCCUCGCGAACGUGGCCAGUCUAAUAUGGAGCAGUUUAAGACGAUAGUUUCGGUGCUUUGGAUAUUAUUGCUGAGUGGAAUUAAGGAUAGUUACGCCGAGGAAGUGGUCCUGCUGAAUUCUAAAGAAUCCCAAGCGGAGCUGGGUUGGACCUCAUAUCCCUCAAAUGGCUGGGAAGAGAUCAGCGGCGUGGACGAAAAGUACAAGCCUAUCCGCACCUACCAGGUGUGCAAUGUGAUGGAGGCCAACCAGAACAACUGGCUGCAGACGGGCUGGAUCCGGCGGCAGGGCGGCCAGCGCAUCUUCGUGGAGCUGCAGUUCACGCUGCGCGACUGCAACAGCAUCCCCGGCGUGGCGGGCAGCUGCAAGGAGACCUUCAACCUCCUGUAUGCCGAGUCGGACUGGGACCUGGGGCGGGUGGCGCGCGAGGACCGCUACAGCAAGAUCGACACCAUCGCGGCGGAUGAGAGCUUCACGCAGGGCGACCUGGGUGAGCGCAAGAUGAAACUGAACACGGAGGUGCGGGAAAUCGGCCACCUGAACCGCCGCGGCUUCCACCUGGCCUUCCAGGACGUGGGCGCGUGCGUGGCCAUCGUCUCGGUGAGGGUCUACUACAAGCGCUGCCUAGCCACCGUGCAGAACCUGGCAGUGUUCCCCGACACGGUGGCGGAGGCCGCCUUCGCUACGCUGGUGGAGGUGCGCGGCGCCUGCGUCAACAACUCGGAGGUGGUGGAGGCCGACUCGCCACCGCGCAUGCACUGCAGCGCCGAGGGAGAAUGGCUGGUGCCCAUCGGCAAGUGCAGCUGCAGUGCCGGCUACGAGGAGGGCCACAGCAGCUGCGAAGCCUGUCCCAGGCGCACCUACAAGACGUCGUCACGGCAGCAGGAGUGCUUCCCGUGCCCCGCCCACAGCGUGGCUGAGGAGGAGGGAUCGGUGCUGUGCAUGUGUGAGGAAGAGCACUUCAGGACACCGCUGGACCCGCCCUCUGCCCCCUGCACACGGCCCCCCUCGCCGCCGCGUGACCUGGCCUACACCCUGAAGCAGUCCACGCUGAUCCUGGAGUGGGAGGCACCCAGCGACCCUGGUGGCCGCAGCGACCUGAGCUACGGCGUGGCGUGUCGGCGGUGCGCGGGCGCGCAGUGCGAGGCAUGCGGGGCCAGCGUGGGCUUCGUGCCACAGCAGAGCGGCCUGGCCGAGCGCACCGUCACCGUCGUCAACCUGCUGCCCAACGCCAACUACUCCUUCAGCGUGGAGGCCCGCAACGGCGUCUCCGAGCUGAUGCCUGCCAAGCACGCCUAUGCCCAGGUCCAUGUCUCCACCAGCGUGCCAGCGCCCUCUCAGGUAAGUGAGCUGCGAGCGGAGAAGGUGGAGCAGCGCAGCGUGACACUUGUGUGGAGGGAGCCCGUGAACCACAACAGCAGCAGGACGGAGUAUGAAAUCAAAUACUACGAGAAGGAGCACAAAGACCAGAGCUACUCGACAGUGAAGACGGCCGCAACCCGGAUCAGUGUGCACAACCUGAAACCAGGAACCAGCUAUGUCUUCCUCAUCCGGACAUGCUCGAGCCCAGCUCCGCCUUCGCUCUCCUCCUCGUUGCUCUCAUCAUCCUCCUCGUCUUCGUCCUCUUCCUCCCCUUCCUCACCCUCGCUGGCGUCCGCGCCGUCAGCAGUGGCAGAGGGCUCUGUGGGCACCUCGCCCCGGCCACUGGACUACGGUGCCUACAGCACUCCGCUGGAGCUCCAGACGCUGGGGGAACUUGCUCUGGCCUCCAGCGAACAGAGUCCAGUGGUGAUCAUCGUGGUGGUGUCUAUAGCUGCCCUCAUCAUGAUACUGGCGCUGGGGGCGGGGCUCCUCAUCUGGAGGAGACACUGCGGCUACAGCAAGGCCAACCAGGAGGGUGAUGAGGAGCUCUACUUCCAGUUCAAGAUCCCGACAAGGCGGACCUACAUCGACCCCGAGACAUGCGAGGACCUGCUACAGGCGGUGCACGCCUUCGCCAAAGAGCUCGACAACUCCACCAUCAAGAUCGAACGGAUCAUCCACACAGGGGACUUUGGGGAGGUGUGCCGUGGCUGCCUGAAGCUGCCCAGCAAGCGGGAGCUACCGGUGGCCGUGAAGAGCCUGCGCGCUGGCUGCUCGGAGCAGCAGCGGCGGGGCUUCCUGAGCGAGGCGGGCAUCUUGGGCCAGUUCGACCACGCCAACAUCAUCCGCCUGGAGGGCGUCGUCACUCGAGGUAACACUAUGAUGAUUGUGGUAGAGUGUAUGGCCAAUGGGGCCCUGGAUUCCUUCCUGCGGAAACACGAGGGUCAGCUGAGCGUCCUGCAGCUGGUCGACCUGCUGAGCGGCGUGGCGUCGGGGAUGAAGUAUCUGACUGAGAUGGGCUUUGUGCACCGCCGCCUGGCCGCCCACAAAGUGCUGGUCAGCAGUGGCCUGGUGUGCAAGGUGACUGGCUUCCGGCCCCUGCAGGAGGACAAGAUUGAGGCUGUCUACACCACACUGCAUGCUGGGAAGAGUGUGGUGCUGUGGACUGCCCCAGAGGCCAUCCUAUACCACCGCUACAGCUCUGCCUCCGAUGUCUGGAGCUUCGGCAUUGUCAUGUGGGAGGUGAUGUCGUUCGGCGAGAGGCCCUACUGGGAUAUGGGCAACCAGGACGUGAUCAAGGCCAUCGAGGACGGCUUCCGGUUGCCCGCCCCCCUCAGCUGCCCUGCCUCCCUGCACCAGCUCAUGCUGGACUGCUGGCAGAAGGAGCGUGCGGAGCGGCCGAGCUUCACGCAGAUCCACAGCGCCCUCAGCAAGGCCGUCCGCAGCCCCGACGCCGUCGGCCAGUCCGCCACGCUCGCCCGCAGAACCCUGGGCUCCUCCUCCAUCUCUCUGUCAGAGAGGCCCUUGCCCACGUUUCCCUCGUUCAGCUCUGUGGGUGAGUGGCUGGAGGCUGUGGAUAUGGGUCGCUACAAAGACAACUUCACCGCCGCUGGAUACUGCUACCUGGAGUCGCUCGCUCGCAUGAAUGUCCAGGAUGUGUUGAGUCUAGGCAUCACUUCUCUAGAGCACCAGAAGCAGAUUCUGGCAGCCAUUCAGACUCUCAGAGCACAAGUCAUCCAGAUGCACGGUCGUGGAGUGCAGGUCUAACACACACGCGCGCACACACCACACGCGCACACACACACAUGUAAACAUACACACUCUCUCCAGAAGGACAAGAGAGUGAUCACUGAGUGGAGAGAGUCAUGUGGACCUCAGUUCGCAUAGUGACCUAGCAGGAGGUUCACUAAUGAGGAGGUGGGAGGGGAGACAUGUCCCACAUUUCUUCCUCUUUUUCGUUCUGCCCUCACUCACCUUUACUCAGUACAAAUCCUGGGUCUUUCCAAUCCCGUGAAGAGGACAAACUUUGAAUAAGCCUGUUCCCAGGAGCUCAAGCUCGUGGAUACUCGAGGCCACUGCUCUCCCCGAGGAGCAAUGGUUCAGUCCAUGUUCCCCUGUCGAUACUGGGCCCUCUGCUCCAAAACACUGUCCUGUUUACCCUUGCUGACCUGAAAACAAUGGAUUAGCUUUGUACUCCCUACCACAGCACCAGGGCUCACUGACCUGCACUGAUCUGAGAACAGAUCUAAAUGACGGCACACGGCCCCAAACGCGGGUGGUGAACUAGUGGCUCAUGUCACUUAGCAGCCAUUGGACCAGGAAGCAUGAUGUCCGGUUAUAUAUUCUGCGAGCAGCAGAAGACAGUGCUGAGAAAUCAGAAAACAAAGCUGUGUAAAUCUUACUUCCUCCCGAGCGUGUUUCCAUUUGUGUGUCUUUGUCGUUGUCACUGUGGACCACAAGGUUGUCCAGGUUUUUUUUCCCUUUUUUUUCCAGCAAUUGAUGCUUCUGUAGAAACCCUAAAUGUGUGUGUUGAACAGAAAUUAAUUCCACAAGUACUGACAUGUAGAAUUCUAUAUUUUAUUUUCUAUUAUUAUUAUUGUUAUUAUUAUUAUUAUUAUUAUUAUUAUUAUUAUUGUUGUUGUUGUCGUUGUUGUUGUUAUUAUUUCAUCUUCAGCACAGGAGGUGCUUGCACUGUAAAGUUCCAGACUGCCAUUCGUGUGGUGUGUCAUAUUUAUUAGUAUUUAUUUCCACGUUUCUACCACAUUUGCUAAAGCUCUAAUUAAAAGGACUUGGCAGAGGACCUUUUUUAUGUGUAAGAAUGGAAAUGAAAGUAUAACAAGGCAAAAUAAAAAGUAUCCUGAUGUAA